AUGAUUUGAACGCUGGGGGCGGGGCCAUGUGAUCUGAGAGGGAAAUUUGUCAGGAAGGCAGAGGAACGUUAGAGAAACAGCGCAGUUUAUUUGAUACAACUCCAGCUAAAUAUUAACGUUUUACUGAAUAUAUUUGUUGGGAACAAACCAGGUGAACUAACUGCCACGCCAUGUCACACAAGCAGAUCUAUUAUUCAGACAAAUACGACGACGAAAAGUUUGAGUACAGGCACGUCAUGUUACCCAAGGACAUAGCUAAACGUGUGCCUAAAACACACCUGAUGUCGGAGACGGAGUGGCGCAACCUGGGCGUUCAGCAGAGCCAGGGCUGGGUGCACUACAUGAUCCAUCAGCCAGAACCUCACAUCCUGCUGUUCCGCCGUCCUCUGCCCGCGACCAAACCCCAGUGAUGGAAAGCAGGCGGAGAAGGACUCGAUACACACUGCAGAAGGAUGACAGAGAAAGAUGGAAAACAAAGUGCCGAUGAAAUUUGGUGUCAGUUCCUUUUGAUUAUAAGUGGAAUAUGUUCUGCUUAUAAAGGUUUUCCAAAAAUGUUCUUAUUGUUCCACACCUCUUUGCAUAAAAAGAAAAUUCAGACUGUUCUCCUUUUCACUGCAUAAUUUAGGUGAGAGAAUGUGUGUUUAGAAAAUGCAGCCUGAGGAAAAGCAGUCAUAAAGUAUGCUUUGCAUUUAAACAGCGAUUGAACCUUCUUUUUCUUUGUGUCAUUACAGAACACUUUGCAUGUUGUUUAUAGUACUGUGAAUGUUGGUCAUCUUCCACUUAUUAUUUAUGAUCUUUUUUUUUU